UUUCGUCAGUGAGUGUUGCUGGUGGUGAUGUAGAAUAUGUUCAUUUUAUAUUUUAAAAGAAAAUUAAGUUCGGUGGGCUUUUUUUUGGUUUUAAAAGCUAAAUAAUAAACUAAGUAAUAAACUUGUGCGACUGCCUACACAAAAACACUAAAGUAUAAAUCUCAACAUUCACUAAAUGUAAUGGUUCCAUGAAUGCCAUUUGUGAAAAGUAAUAAAAUAAAUAAAAUAUUAAAACUCGGUGAUAACGAUGUUUGCAUAUAUACGCUGAGCAUAAAACAUUUAAUAUGUCGAUAAUAAAAAUGCCGUAAAAUGAUAAUUUGUAAACUGACAACAAGUACAAGUGGAAGUUGACGCAUUUGAAAACAAGCUAUAUAUACAUUUACGUAGAUUGAUAAUGGAUCUAAAAUCCACUUGAUUGGAAGUAGCGAUACAAAACGAAGAGUGCGUAGCUCGUUUCACUUUUAUGAUAUUAAGGAAGUAGGCGAAAAGCACACGAUAACUUGCCAAGACCAAUCAUAUACUGAAUUAUUCAAAUUGAUCGCAGCUGUGGAGCCAUUUGCGAUUUUGGCAAUGAAUAUGUUACUAUAUAUGUUACUAUUGAUAAUAAGCCAUUCAAAUGCCAAUCCAUCAAAAAUGCAACAGAGUGAAUCGCUGCCAUCAGCCAUGGGCUUACGAGUCGACAGGAUUGCAUUGGGACGAUCUGAUGCAGUCCUUAAAGCAAAUUUUACUGACAUGGCUGAGGCAGGUAAUAGUAAUUUAAGUACUAGCAGUAUAAUUACAAACGUCGCUCAAUUCGAUACAAUGCUAAAUCAUUUGCUGGUGGAUACAAUAACAGGACGUGUAUUUGUUGGUGGCGUUAAUCGAUUGUAUCAGUUAUCUCCAGACUUGGAACUACAUGAGACAGUAAAAACUGGGCCGCAAAAUGAUUCCGUUGAAUGUACUAUACUCGAUUGUCCUCUCAAUGCCAUACGCAAACCAACAAAUAACUAUAACAAAGUGUUGCUUAUCGAUCGAGCCACAUCACGUUUAAUUGCUUGCGGAUCCUUGUUUCAGGGCACUUGUACGGUGCGAAAUCUACAAAACGUCAGCAUCGUUGAGCAUGAAGUACCCGAUGCUGUUGUCGCCAACGAUGCGAAUUCAUCAACGGUAGCAUUUAUAGCGCCAGGACCACCGCAACACCCGGUGACAAAUGUUAUGUAUGUCGGCGUCACCUACACAAAUAAUUCACCAUAUCGUAGCGAGAUUCCAGCUGUAGCAUCACGCUCAUUGGAGAAGACAAAAAUGUUUCAAAUCGCUUCUUCAGCGGUCACAACAGGCACACGAACCUUCAUUAAUUCUUAUGCACGUGAAUCAUAUUUGGUGAAUUAUGUGUACGGAUUUAGCUCGGAGCGUUUUUCGUAUUUUCUCACCACACAAUUGAAGCACAGCCACCAUUCUUCCCCUAAAGAGUACAUCACAAAACUAGUUCGCAUUUGCCAGGAGGAUUCCAAUUAUUAUUCGUAUACUGAAAUUCCGGUAGAGUGCAUCAGCGACGCACAGGGCGGCACCAAAUUCAAUUUGGUUCAGGCAGGUUUCUUGGGUAAACCUAGUUCGGAUCUUGCGCAGAGUCUAGGCAUUUCCAUACAAGACGAUGUCCUCUUUGCUGUUUUCUCCAAAGGUGAUGGCAAUAAUCCUACAAACCACUCUGCUCUAUGCAUCUACUCACUAAAGUCUGUACGUCGCAAGUUUAUGCAAAAUAUCAAGUUCUGUUUUAAUGGCAAUGGCAUGCGAGGAUUGGAUUUCAUAUCUCCAAGCAUGCCUUGUGUUCUUACGAAACUGCAAACGAUCGGAGAGGAUUUUUGUGGUCUGGAUGUGAACUCACCACUCGGAGGCGAGCAACCGAUCACUGCCGUCCCAGUUGCUAUGUUCAACACAAGACUGACAUCUGUAGCUGCAACCAGCACCAGUGGUUAUACAGUGGUGUUUAUUGGAACCGCCGAUGGAUAUCUGAAAAAAGUUGUUAUUGAAUCCUCGACUAUUGCCAAUGAAUAUGCCAGCUUACCAGUCGAUUUGGGUUCAGCGAUCAAUAAGGAUAUGCAUUUUGAUAAUCAGAACUUAUACAUUUAUGCAAUGUCGGAACAGAAAGUGUCUAAAGUGAAGGUUUAUGAUUGCGCUGACUUUCGAACAUGUGGGGAAUGUCUUGGUGCAAGGGAUCCUUAUUGCGGAUGGUGUUCACUUGAAAAUAAAUGCAGUCCACGUUCUAAUUGCCAAGACGAUGCCAAUGAUCCAUUGUAUUGGGUUAGCUACAAAACAGGCAAAUGCACAACAAUCACAAGUGUGGUACCGCAUCAAUUACAGCGCACAACGGCACGUACAUUGGAGCUAAUAAUCGAUCACUUGCCGCAGUUAAAAGAAAAUUUAAUUUGUGCUUUCACAACCGAAGACAAAGCUCUAUUUACGAAUGCGACCAAGAAACGCAAUGGAGUCAAUUGUACAACACCGCGUACGGAUAUGUUGCCGCAAAUUGAGCAGGGUAAACAUCACUUUACCGCGAAACUUUCGGUCCGCACGAGAAAUGGGCCAGAUUUGGUCUCCACUGACUUCACAUUUUUCGAUUGUAGCACGCACUCGUCGUGUACACGUUGUGUCUCGUCGGAGUUCCCCUGUGAUUGGUGCGUUGAAGCACACCGCUGUACACACGAUACAGCUGAGAAUUGUCGUAACGAUAUCUUGGUGACUGGUAUUAGUCGCAUAGGGCCCAGUUAUCGUUCCGGUCCAGGGUUUUGUCCCACUAUUAAUGCUACCGGCGAUGGUAGCGAAGUACUUGUUGCCGCUGGCACAAGUAAAUCAAUCAAAGUGAAAGUGCAUAUCAUAGGACAAUUUAUUGUCCAAACACGAUUUGUGUGCCAGUUUAAUAUUGAGGGUCGCGUGACAAGCUUGAAUGCCCAAUUACUCGGCGAUACUAUAUACUGCGAUAGCAUGGAGUUUCAAUACACAUCGCGAUCACCAAAUCUCACAGCAACAUUUGCUGUGAUCUGGGGUGGAUCAAAGCCUUUAGAUAAUCCGCACAAUAUUCAUGUCGUGAUAUAUAGAUGUCGAGAUAUGGCGGACAGCUGUGGAAUAUGUUUGGCGCUGGAUGAGAAAUAUAACUGCGGCUGGUGCUCAUCGACUAAUACCUGCGAAGUGGUUGAGCAAUGCAAUAAAAAUAAUGAUGGCAAAACUGAUUGGCUGAAUCGCAGCGAAAUUUGUCCAAAUCCAGAAAUACAUUCAUUUGGUCCCAAAACUGGACCCUGGGAGGGUGGUACCAAUAUAACCAUCAAAGGCAUUAACUUGGGGAAAAAUUAUAAUGAUAUAUAUUCGGGAGUUCGUAUCGCUGGAAUUAAUUGUAUGCCAUUUCAACAGUUUUACAUUGACACAAAGCAAAUCGUUUGCACUGUUGAUAGUCCCGGUGAGCAAAUGUAUCGUAAUGGUCGCAUUGUUGUUCAAAUUGGUGAUUAUCGUGGAGAAUCCAAAGAAGAUUAUGAAUUUGUUGAUCCGAAAAUCUCGAAUUUUUAUCCACGCUUUGGUCCAACUUCAGGUGGAACACAGAUUCGAAUUAUAGGCAAACAUUUAAAUGCUGGAUCUCGCAUACAGGCUUUUAUCAAUGAUCAUUUACCAUGUAAGAUCAUCAGUACAGACACUUCACAAGCGAUUUGCCGUACUUCACCAUCACCGGGUAUCAUUGAGGGACGUCUUAAGAUGUCUUUCGACAAUGGUCCUCGCGAAUUUAACGAUUACAAUUUCAAAUAUGUACUGGAUCCAACAGUGGAACAAGUUAGUUCUGGCCCCAGUGGCCAAAUAAAAGUACCUAAGGGCAUACCAGCUGGCGGCAUUCGAAUUGCAGUGAUAGGUACACAAUUUACCAGUAUCCAAGAGCCAAGCAUUUAUGUGAUCUACAAAAAUCAAAUGUUUGCAAAUCAAUGCCGAGUGCAAUCCGAUACUGAAAUGGAAUGUCCUUCGCCAGCUAUUGAUAUGAAGGCAUCUGAUCAAAUUGUAGUUGAUCCUGAAAAUCCAAUAUUACUGGAAUACGGCUUUCUGAUGGACAAUGUACUGCGAGUGCAAAACUUGUCGCGAUUGCACAACAAUCACUUUGAACUAUAUCCAAAUCCUGAAUAUUUCACCUUCGAGGAACGCGUCAAAUAUUUUAAGAGCGAAUAUUUGACCAUUAAUGGCCGUAACUUAGAUCGGGCGUGCAAGGAGAGUGAUGUUGUUGUUCAAAUUGGUGAUGGAUAUUGCAAUAUUACAUCAUUGUCCCGGCAGCAACUAACAUGCCGGCCACCAUCGGAAGCAGCUGCAACAAGAAACAGUCCAAGUGGUCCAGAAGUAAUUGUACGAAUCGGUUCUUCGUUAGAAUAUCGCAUUGGCAUUCUCAGUUACGAGACCUCAAACAUCAUUAUGGAUUGGGGUGAUAAUGUUGUGUUUGGCGUUAUUGCAGGCAGUGUAAUAUUUUUAUUGAUAUUUGUUGCCUUGCUUGUUGCCUACCGAAAGAAAACAUCAGAAUCAAAUCGAGUACUCCGAAAUAUGCAGGAACAAAUGGAUAUUUUAGAGCUGCGUGUAGCCGCUGAGUGUAAAGAAGCAUUUGCUGAGCUUCAAACUGAAAUGACGGACUUAACUGGUGAUCUAACGUCGGGCGGCAUACCAUUCUUAGAUUAUCGUUCGUAUGCCAUGAAGAUAUUAUUUCCUAAUCAUGAAGAUCAUAUUGUGCUACAAUGGGAAAGGCCCGAGCUUCUACGCAAAGAGAAGGGAUUGCGUCUAUUUGCUCAACUGAUUAUGAACAAAACAUUUCUUUUGUUAUUUAUACGCACCUUAGAGUCCAAUAGAUAUUUUUCAAUGCGUGAACGCGUUAAUGUGGCUUCAUUAAUUAUGGUUACUCUGCAAUCAAAACUCGAAUAUUGCACGGAUAUAUUGAAGACAUUAUUGGGCGAUUUAAUUGAGAAGUGCAUUGAAGGCAAAAGUCAUCCCAAGUUAUUGCUGCGACGCACAGAAAGCGUUGCCGAAAAAAUGCUCAGUGCUUGGUUUACUUUUCUCUUGUACAAGUUCUUAAAGGAGUGCGCUGGCGAACCUCUUUAUAUGUUAUUUCGAGCGGUCAAAGGUCAGGUAGAUAAGGGACCCGUCGAUGCAUGUACACAUGAGGCACGCUAUUCGUUAAGCGAGGAGAAAUUAAUUCGACAAUCCAUCGAUUUCCGAUCAAUGACUGUGAAUGCCAGCAUAAUACAACAACCAAUAUUUUGUAAUAAUCUGGACAUGUUGCCAUCGCACAUGGAAAACAUACCUGUGAAAGUACUGGAUUGCGAUACAAUUGGACAAGUAAAAGAGAAGUGCUUGGAAGCAAUUUACAAAAAUAUUCCAUCCAGUCAAAGGCCACGCAAAGAUGAUCUCGAUUUGGAAUGGAGGACUGGGGCGACUGGCCGUGUAAUUUUGUAUGAUGAGGAUGCAACAUCAAAAACGGAAAGCGAAUGGAAAAAAUUAAACACAUUGCAACAUUACAAUGUUCCAGAUGGAGCUGGACUUAGUUUAGUGCCAAAGCAAAGUUCAAUAUAUAAUUUUAGCAUUCUAUCUGAUAAACACGAAAAGUCUCACAAAUAUGAAACUCUGAACCUCUCAAAAUAUACGUCAUCGUCACCCACAUUCAGUCGGGCUGGAAGUCCUCUUAAUAAUGAUAUGCAAGACAAUGGAUUAAAGUAUUGGCAUUUAGUCAAGCAUCAUGACAGUGACAUUCAAAAAGAAGGUGAACGCGUCAAUAAAUUGGUUUCGGAAAUUUAUUUAACAAGACUGCUGGCAACGAAGGGAACCUUACAAAAGUUUGUCGAUGAUCUCUUUGAGACAAUAUUUAGUACAGCUCACAGGGGCUCGGCGUUACCGUUAGCAAUUAAAUAUAUGUUUGAUUUUUUGGACGAUCAAGCCCUAUUACAUGGCAUUACCGAUCCAGAAGUCGUGCACACUUGGAAAAGCAACAGUUUACCUUUACGGUUUUGGGUGAACUUGAUCAAAAAUCCCAAUUUUGUUUUCGAUAUACAUAAAUCAAAUAUUGUGGAUUCGUGUCUAUCAGUUGUAGCUCAAACAUUUAUGGAUUCUUGUUCAACAUCGGAUCAUCGAUUGGGCAAGGAUUCGCCAAGCUCAAAGUUACUGUAUGCCAAAGAUAUACCUGAAUAUCGCAAGUGGGUGGAUCGAUAUUACAGAGAUAUUAGGGAUAUGUCAUCUAUAUCUGACCAGGACAUGAAUGCAAUGCUCGCCGAAGAGUCCAGACUACACACAACGGAAUUUAAUACAAAUUGUGCGUUGCAUGAGCUCUAUACCUAUGCUGUAAAGUAUAAUGAACAGCUAACUGUCACUCUGGAGGAAGAUGAAUUUUCGCAAAAACAGCGAUUGGCUUUCAAAUUAGAACAAGUUCACAAUAUAAUGUCGGCUGAAUAAGUGUAUGUAUACUACUAUUAUUUUGUUACCAUUUAAGUGAAAAUUAAAAAAACUCGUAAUGGAGAGCAAAAUAUGGUAUUAAAUGUUUUUAUGUAUUAUCAUCAUCCUAAAUAGAAUUUAGCAGCAAAUGCCAUUUCUCUAUAUCAAAAUCUUAUGCAAAUAUAUAUACAUAUUUCAAUUUCAAUGUGCACCGCAAAUAUGUAUUCCACAUGACGAGUAUAUACAAAUAACAUAACAUAAGUUAUUGAUUAUUUCAAAAUUUAAAUAUUUUUGUGUAUUUUAUAAUGCAGGAUAUUUCAAGAUACAAAAUAACAAUAAUUUAACUGUCAUUUAGUAAAAAGCAUUAUAGUAAAAACUAAAAUAUUAAACGCGAACGAAAAUCUUGCAACAUUCAUUGAAAAUUUUCAAAAAGCAUUCCAUUGAUAAAUCACACUAUACAUACAUACGCUACUUUUUGUUUUAUGGGUAUUUUUUUUUAUAUGUGUCUGUAUGUAUUUAUACAAAUGUAUAUUUAUGUGUAUGUACUACAUGUAAGUAAUAAUAUUACUGGCUAAGAAUCAUUAUUACAUAUACAUAAACUAUAACUUAAUCCAAAAACUCGAAAAUCGACUGAAUAUAACAUUGAUAUUUUAAUUUAAAGUUUAUAAAUCGAUGUAUGCUGUAUUUAAAAUGUAAUUUAUUAUUGUGAAUUUGUUAAGAUUUUUUGGGUAAUAAUUGCUACUUAAAAACUACAAUGUCAUAUACAUGACAACACUCAAAUGAUUGGGAUUUUUUGUCAUUCUUUCAAUUUGGGUCUUUGAAUACUAUGUUACCUGGUAACCUUGCAAACCUGUAUAAAAGCGUAACAACUUACUAAUAUAAUCGAAUCGUUACGCCACCCAAGUAACGAAUUCUAAAGUAACGCUUCGACUCAAAUACAACUAUAUACAUAAAUAAGACUAGAGAGCCUAAGUAAAUUUGUAGCAGCGUCAAAAUCCGAAUAUGGUCUGAUAUAUCUGAUACGGAAAGGAAAACACUGCUGAAAAAGCCAUACCAUUUUAAAUAUAAUUUUAUUUUAUAUACAAUUGAGCAUUAUUUUUCAUUCUUAUAUGAAAUACAAAUUUUUCGCUAAAAUACUUGGUAAUAUCUCGUAUUUUAAUUAUUUAUUUUUAACGCCUAUUUAUAGCGUAUGUUUAAAUAAUC